UCCUCAAUGGCUGUCAAAUAAGUAUUUUUAUCAUGUGUGGUCGAGCUUAUGGAAGUCUGUUACACACUAAUUGCUAUUCGCCUAAUCGGAUAACUUUUUGAUUAUGAAAUUGACACUCUCUUAUGUGGUCCGAUGUACUGAAUUUUAUUACGUGGUUAGUCUAGAAGGAAUUUGAUGCUAGAGUAAUGGUUGCAAUCCUUUCAAUUUAUGGGUAUCUUUGUAAUCGUACUCACAUGUAUGGAUUUAUGUGUUACUCGUCAGGUUCGGAGGCGGCUACGAGCACCGUGACUGCACGUAGGGAGUGAGCUCGUGUUGGUACCUUUUUGGUUGGGCCUCGAGUGUUUUCUUUUCAGGUGCGUGACGACACGCGGGUCCACUGCAGAGUCUAGACUGGAGUUGUGUAUAUAGUGGUCUAGCUUUUUGACUCUUUUGAUUAUGUGCCUAUUUUUGGAACUUGUAUAUGUUGUAAAUACCCGUGGGCACGUCUUGUAUGACAGUUGUUUCCGUAUAUGUGCAAGUUAAGUUUUUUUUUUGAGCUGGACGCUUGGCUGGUGUUUUUAUUUACUGUUUGAGCAGGGCCAAGGUGUGGGUCCAUCCCAUUUGGAAAAUAAUUUAGCGUGGUAUUUUCCGGGAUGGGGUGUGACAAUUUUUGGUAUCAGAGCCAAUGGUUAUUUGGUUCUGUAGACAUUUUUGAGUCUAGAACUUGCAGUGGACCAUAGGGAGUCAGUUGAGUUGGUGGUUAGCUUAUCUUUGCAUGCGUGGUAAAUAUUGAACUGCAAUGAUAUGUGUUGCUUAUCUUGAGUUCAAUGGCAGACAAAGUUAUGGACGGUCAGGAGAAAGAUUCAGGGGAUCAAGCGGGUCAAGGUGACCCUAGUGGUCAAAGUCCAUCGGAUAUCAUGCAGGCUCUUGCACGGUUUAUUGAGUUUCAAACGGGUGCACAAGCAAGCUCAUCAAAUCAGCCACGUAGUACAGUUCAUGAACAGUUUAUGAAACUUCAACCUUCAACAUUCUCUGGUGGUGUGGAACUAUUGGAAGCAGAGGAAUGGCUAAAAAGGAUGGAGUCUAUUUUUGAUGUCAUGAGUGUUUCUGAUGAUCAAAAAGUUACUCUAGCCCCUUUCAUGUUAAAAGAUCAAGCUCGAUUUUGGUGGGAAGCUACUAAAGGGUUGCUGACUACACCAGCAAUUAGGGAACCGGAGCCUCCAGUGCCGAAAAAGGUUACUUGGAAAGAAUUUAUUGCAGCCUUCAAUGAGCAAUACUUUCCUCUGUUGUAUCGAUAUGAUAUGGAGCACGAGUUUUCAAGUUUGAGGCAAGGAAGUAUGUCUGUUGCUGAAUAUGAUGCUAAGUUCAUCAAAUUAUCUCGGUUUGCACCAAACUUAAUCCGUAUAGAGGAUGCUAAGUGUAGAAGAUUUCAGCUUGGUUUGGAUCCUAACAUUCGAGCUGGAGUUGCUACUCAUGAAGUAAAGAGAUAUUCUGACUUGGUACACAAAUCAAAGAUUUCAGAAAAGAGUGUUAAUGAGAAGAAAGAAAGGCAAGCACAAUAUAGGAGGGGUCGAUUUGAGGCUGGAUCAUCUAGAUAGAGGUUUCAAGGAUCUCAAUUGAGCGGAGUGUAGGGUAGACCACAACAGAAUGUUCCAUUUGGUGGUCACCAGGGUCAGAGUUCUUAGAAACAACAACCUAGACAACAAACAAGUGUUUCCUCAAGUAGUGGUACACGAGAUAUUACCUGUUUUAGUUGUGGAGAGAGUGGGCAUAUGACACGAGACUGUAAGGGAAAACAACAAGAGAGAUGUUAUCGUUGCAACCAACCUGGGCACAAGAUUCGUGAUUGUCUUGUGACAUCUGUUACUUCUCCAUCAGUGGGUAGUGUGGCUGGUGGCAGUACAGCUUCAUCUAGGACUCCUCAGAGAGGUGGGGGAUCUUCUAGUGGACCUCGUACUCAGGCGACACCUGAUGUUGUUACAGGUACACUUAAUGUUUCUAGUAGGGAUGCACAUAUUUUAAUUGAUCCUGGCUCUACUCAUUCGUACAUGUCCCUAUCAUUUGGCAUGCAUUUAAAUCAGCUCUUUACAUUUUAGAUCAUUGCUUAUCUGUGUCUACUCCUAUUGGGGAAGUGGUGUUGGUAGAUGUGAAAUAUAGGGGCUGUGUGGUACGCGUGGGUGAAAAAGAAUUACUUGUUAAUUUAGUGCCUCUUGACAUACAUGAUUUUGAUAUAAUAUUGGGCAUGGAUUGGUUGGCAUCAUAUCAUGCUUCUAUAGAUUGUUUCAAGAAAGAGGUAAUAUUUCGGGUUCCUAAUGAAUCUGAGGUUAAAUUUUGUGGCGAACAAAAUGUUACUCAUACUUGUCUUAUAUCAGCAAUUGAAGCCAGAAAAUUGCUCAGAAAGGGUUGUGAAUGUUACUUGGCGCAUGUCAUAGAUACAACAAAAUUAGAGAUUAAAUUGGAGGAUAUUCCAGUGGUAUGGGAAUUUACAGAUGUGUUUCCAGAGGAGUUGCCGGGAAUUGUGCUGGAUAGAGAGGUAGAGUUUUCUAUUGAGUUACUUCCAGAGACUGCUCCUAUAUCUAUAGCACCGUAUCGAAUGGCUCCUAUCGAGUUGAAAGAAUUAAAAAUUCAGCUACAGGAUUUGCUUGACCGAGGUUUUAUUCAACCUAGUGUGUCGCCCUGGGGAGCUCUAGUGUUGUUUGUUAAAAGAAGGAUGGU